AUGAAAAUUUGGACGGCCCAACACACAUUUAACCAUCCAUGGGAGACGGUGGUUCAAGCAUUUUGGAAGAAGUACCCAAAUUCGAUGGCCACAAUUGACCAAGACGUAGGUCUUGUUGAUCGACAAGUAAAAAAUGGAGAACUGUAUUCACAUCGGUUAAUUACUACUAAGUUACUUCCGAAUUGGGCAUGUACAUUGAUGGGACCGAUAAGCAAAUUCUAUGCCAAUGAGUAUUCUGAAGUUAAUCGGGAUCGACGGCAGUUAAAGUUAAACAGACGUAAUAUAUCAUUGAGACCAUUCGUCGAAGUUCAAGAAGAGCUUAUAUAUGAGCCACAUCCCGAUGAUCCACAAAAAACAUUGCUCAAGCAAACGGCUUAUGUAACCGUAGAAGGCUUACUGUUUAGCGGUUUUAUAGAAGACAUACUUACCAUUAAAGUUUCGGUAAAUGCAGUUAAAAGACGACGAGCUAUAAAAUUGGUUAUUAAAAAAAUGUAG